UCUGUUCAAAGUAAGACCUCCAUUUCAGAUCUAGCGUUAGGGUUCUCAGCUACUUCACAGAGGACCUCCGAGGCCCGAAACCAUGUCGUCGGCUUCUCGCCCUUGGCCGGGCUACGGCGCCAUACGCACCGCCCCCGAGGAGGCGGCGGAGCCGCUCUCUCCGCGGGUCCCCUUCGCCUCCGGUUCCCGCGCUGUCGAGAUGUUCUCCCGCGCCAAGGAGCGCGGCACGGCCCUGGUUGCCACCCGGCGGCCCUGGCGCGAGCUCGCUGACCCCUCCGCUUUCUCAAGCCCUUACGGCUACCGCGACGCUGUGGCCCGUGUCCGCCGCAACCUCGCCUACUUCCGCGUCAACUACGCUCUCGUCGCCCUCUUCGUCCUCUUCUGCAGCCUCCUCUGGCACCCCGUCUCCAUGAUCGUGUUCCUUGCCGUCUUCGUCGCCUGGUUCUUCCUCUACUUCUUCCGCGACGAGCCGGUGGUGUUCUUUGGCCGCGCCGUCGACGACCGCCUCGUGCUGGCUGCGCUCUCCCUGGUCACCCUGGUCGCUCUCCUGUUCACGCACGUCGGAUUGAACGUUCUGGUCUCGCUGAUCACCGUCGCUGUGCUCGUCGGACUGCACGCCGCAUUCCGCAUCACGGAUGACCAAUUCCUGGACGAGCAGGAAGUGGCUGAUGGGGGCUUGCGGUCGUUUGUUGGCAGCCGAGCUUGACCGUACUCAACCUUCCCAAUCAAAAAACUGGUUUGACAUAUUCUAUCACCGUUUUGCUGAAAUUGAGGUUUGAUGGAGCGGUUUUUGUUGCGAUCAUGUCGAAUUUGUCGGAGGGUGCUUCAACCGAUUGCCACUUUGGUAGGAUCAGAUUCGUGGUGGAUACUGACUGUGCCGGCAUUUUCUGCCUUCUGGUAAAGUGAUCUCUGACUUUGUUUGGUUUAGAGAAGUCAAAGUCUUCAUUUCUUUUGCUUGAUCUGAUUACUCUUUGUGAAUGCUAACCUGGAAAAUUGAUCAUUUUCCUCACAAGGUUGAUAUUUUAUCAUUAUCCUGUAUUUUUUGCUCCCUCUUUCUAUCAUUAUCAAUGAGCUUUGUAUUUGAUGGUUAUAAAUUGUAUAAUUAUUAUGCUAAAUUUUCAUAUAUUGUCAUUGUUGUUAUUUUAUUAGUUGAUCAUUUAGUAGAUCUCACUUUCCAUGUAGUUCUUGGAUCCAUUGAAGAGGUUUAGAUAUUUCAGAUCUACUGUUGGAAAUCAUAAUGUGAUUCUAGGAAUUUAUUCAUAUGUCACAGCCAUGUUUGUCAUGAUAAAAUAUUGCCAACAUUUACACACGUGACCACUACUUAGCUGCUAAACAGUGUAUUGGUUCAUAAAUUCUUUUAUUCCUUCUAAGCUGUUCGAUCAUCUACCAAGAUUCAAUGAAACCAUGUCAGUACCUCCUGAGUCGAGAUCUUGCAGCGAUUGAAACACUCGGCUUGUUUCCUGCUAUCCUUCACGGCAGAGCAAAGAAGGAUAAUACAUUUUCUACCUCCUCACAACCAAAGAUCAUAGAGAUGAAGAGAAGAGCAGACAUGGUCUCUGCAUUGUUAUCCAUUGUUUAUACUGUUGGCACACCAAGUAAGAGGAUGAAUCACACAGAAGCCGGUAGGGAAAGAGUUUGUAGAUGAAGAUGAAUCACACAGAAGUAUCGGUAUGUGCUCUGAUCCAGGGAAGACAAGAUACACAGUGUUAAACACCAUUAACUCUUGCAAUUUAAACUGCAAAUAUCUACUGAUUUGUUUGAUAACAAAAUCUGGUUGCUUUGACAAUUAUUUGUUCUCUAGUGUCUUCCACGCAUCUGUGGAUUUGUAGAAACUCUCAUGCAUUUGUAGUUAUCCAUCUUCCUGAGGGAAGAGACUGCUUGCUGUGCACAGCCAACAAGUGUUUUGCACUGGAAAUUUGUUAGUGCUCAUCAUGCCAUCUUAGUAAUGUGAAAGAAGUAACAGUAGAAAGUUUA